AUGGCUCUCCAGGACAUAGUACGUAUGAGGAAUCAACCAUCACAGGCUUCCUGUUGGCCUUUGCCACCACCAAUGGAGAUGGUGGUACCCGUACCCUUCUUGCUGUCCCACGGCACCACCACGCUGGCCUUCCGUUGCAGCCAUGGUGUGGUCGUGGCUGCUGACACACGCUCCUCCUGUGGCAGCCUUAUAAGUGACCCAUCCUCCCGCAAGGUCAUCACGCUACACAGCCACCUCCUGGCGACCACAUCUGGGACGUCGGCUGACUGUGCCACCUGGCUCCGUCUCCUGCGUUGCUCCUUACGCCUGAAGCAUCUGAAUGAGGGACAACAGCCCAGUGUCGCCGGGGCAGCAAAGUUGCUGGCCUUUCUUCUGCGUGGAUGCCACAGCAAAGACCUCUGCGUGGCAACCCUGCUGUGCGGUUGGGACCACAAUGGACCUGGUCUGUAUUACGUCUACAGCGAUGGCACAUGUCUUUCCGGGGAUGUUUUUUCUGUUGGCUCCGGGUCCCCUUAUGCAUAUGGCAUGAUGGAUGGUGGCUACUCCUAUGACUUGCCACGUGAUGAGGCCUUCUUAUUGGCCCGCCAAGCCGUGGGUCAUGCUGCCCACCGUGAUUCCUAUUCAGGGGGCAAUGUGGAUCUGUACCACGUCCGGCCAAGCGGUUGGGUCUGCAUCUCACGGGAAGAUCUGACUGAUGUUUAUCAUGGCUUGGGGCCAACUGUCGAAGAGAUCCAGGAUGACAAAGACCACCUGCAAGGAGAGAGCAAGGUGGAGUAA